CCCAUCCCAUGGCGGAUACAUCCGGAACCCAUUUUCAUAUCUUCAAAUUUGCUCACUCUUUCAUCUUGCUGCUUUCCCUUUUGUUUCCUCUUUCUCUUUAGCUUCAGGGUCUUCCACUUUCCUUACUAAAGUUAGUUCCUUUGUCAUAUUUACUUCUUCUGGGGGAGUUUUCAAAAAAUGACUGCAGCUAUGGCCUCUGCUGCCAAACUUCCCGUGUGUUUUAGGAACAAAACGAGUAAAGCUACAGUCUUUCAACAAAAAGAUCAUCUUGUCUGUAACGCCCUCUUUUGCAAACUACCCAGCAAUCUUGAAAAAAGAAGAUUGUCGUCUUCCAGUAUGAGAAUCACUGCACAAGCAUCGUCAUCAGCCACAACUGUGGAGAAUGGAAAACAAGAUGGAAGCCUCAAUGAGACUGAUACUGUUCCAACACCAAAAGUUAUAAUUGACCAGGAUUCUGAUCCAGAUGCAACUGUAGUGGAAAUAACCUUUGGGGAUCGCCUUGGAGCUCUUCUUGAUACUAUGAAUGCAUUAAAAAGUCUUGGACUAAAUGUGGUUAAAGCCAAUGUUUAUCUUGAUUCUUCUGGGAAGCACAAUAAGUUUUCCAUCACUAAAGCCAAUACUGGUAGGAAAGUUGAAGAUCCAGAGUUACUUGAGGCAAUCCGUUUGACCAUCAUAAACAACCUGCUUGAGUAUCACCCUGAAUCAAGUUCUCAAUUAGCAAUGGGUGUAGCAUUUGGGGUUGAGCCACCAAAGGAAAAGGUUGAUGUGGACAUUGCUACCCACAUAAGCAUCAAUGAUGAUGGUCCCAACUGUAGCUUGCUGUUUGUGGAAACAGCUGAUCAUGCUGGGUUAUUGUUGGAUCUAGUAAAGAUCAUUACUGACAUCAAUGUUGCUGUUAAGUCUGGGGAGUUCAACACUGAGGGAUUGUUGGCCAAGGCAAAAUUUCAUAUCAGCUACAGGGGUAAUGCCAUCAGUGGGCCUCUCCAGCAGGUUAUUGUCAACAGUUUGCGGUAUUUCUUGAGGCGCCCCACAACUGAGGAAGCAAGUUUUUAAGUCACAAUACUAAACAUAUUAGCUCCAGCACAGGAGCAAUACUCAAUGGAUGAGUUGCCCCAAUUAACCAACUGGGUAUAUUGUAGAAGGAUGUUACAAUAAUCUCCUCAUUACUAAAGAAUUAGCAACUUUUCAAAAAAUGUUAUUGUAAUAAUAGCUAUGAACUUGC